CUGCGCAGGCUGGGCCGGGCGCGCGCAGACACCGCGCAGCCGGACGUGAGCGCGCGACCUGGCGCCGCCGCCUCCGCGCUCGUGUCCGGGACCCGCGGGGACUCCUCCGGGUUCCCCGGCGCCGCUGGGCUCCCGGGCGGCCGGCAGGUGCAGCGCGGCCGCGCGGCUGGCGAGGGGAGCGCCUCGGCGGCGGGUGGAUGAGAGUUGGCCCCGAUCUCCGCGCAGGGGACCCUGACCGUCAUGUUAAGGUAAAGCAGAGGGGCUCAGUGCUGAACAUGCUAAGGAGGCUGGACAAAAUCAGGUUCAGAGGUCACAAGAGAGAUGACUUCCUCGAUCUAGCGGAGUCUCCAAAUGCCUCGGACACCGAAUGUGGAGACGAAAUACCUGUGAAGAUACCUCGGACCUUGCCUCGGGACAGCGAGGAGCUGAGGGACCCUGCUGGCCCAGGGACCCUCAUCAUGGCUGCGGGAGUCCAGGACUUCAACAGGACAGAGUUUGACCGAUUAAAUGAGAUCAAAGGUCACCUGGAAAUAGCCUUAUUGGAAAAGCACUUCUUACAGGAGGAGCUCCGGAAGCUGCGAGAAGAAACCAAUUCGGAGAUGCUGCGGCAGGAGCUGGACCGGGAGCGGCAGCGGCGGAUGGAGCUGGAGCAGAAGGUCCAGGAAAUGCUGAAGGCCAGAACCGAGGAGCAGACAGCUCAGCAGCCUCCGAAAGGACAGGCCCAGGUCAAUCACGGAGCAGACCGGCGGAGCCAGGGUUUGUGCCCCCGACUGCAGAGGUGGCUCCACGAGAAGUUCGGGGAGUAUGCAGAAGACUUCCGAUUCCAGCCCGAAGAGAGCACCGUGGAGACAGAGGAGCCACUCAGCGCGCGGAGGUUAACUGAAAACAUGAGGCGACUAAAGCGCGGCGCCAAGCCCGUCACCAGCUUCGUGAAGAACCUCUCUGCCUUAUCUGACUGGUACUCCGUCUACACGUCCGCCAUCGCCUUCACGGUGUACAUGAACGCUGUGUGGCGCGGCUGGGCCAUCCCCAUGUUCUUAUUUCUAGCAAUUUUGAGAUUAUCCCUCAAUUACCUCAUAGCCAGGGGCUGGAGGAUCCAGUGGAGCAUCGUGCCUGAAGUGUCUGAAGUGGUGGAGCCGCCAAAGGAAGACCUGACCGUGUCUGAGAAGUUCCAGCUGGUUCUGGAUGUUGCCCAGAAAGCACAGAACCUCUUUGGCAAGACGGCUGACAUCCUGGAAAAGAUAAAGAACCUGUUCAUGUGGGUCCAGCCUGAGACCACACAGAAGCUGUACGUCGCGCUGUGGGCCGCCUUCCUCGCCUCCUGCUUCUUCUCCUACCGCCUGCUGGGACUAGCCGUGGGACUCUAUGCUGGUAUCAAGUUUUUCCUCAUCGAUUUUAUCUUCAAACGCUGCCCGAGACUUCGAGCCAAAUAUGACACUCCCUACAUCGUGUGGAGGAGCCUCCCCACAGACCCCCAGCUCAAGGAGCGCUCCGGCGCCUCUGUAUCCCGCAGGCUGCAGGCAGCCACCUCUCGGAGCUACGUCUCCAGUGCGCCAGCCGGCCUGAGUAGGGACGAGGACGCUGGGCGCUUCCACGGCACCAAGAAGGGCAAUUUCCAUGAAAUCUUUAACUUGACAGAAAAUGAGCGACCGCUGGCCGUGUGCGAGAAUGGCUGGCGCUGCUGCUUGAUAAACAGGGACCGGAAGAUGCCCACAGACUACAUCAGGAACGGGGUCCUGUACGUGACCGAGAAUUACUUGUGCUUCGAAAGCUCCAAAUCUGGCUCUUCCAAGAGGAAUAAAGUCAUCAAGCUGGUGGACAUCACAGACAUCCAGAAGUACAAGGUCCUCUCGGUCCUCCCGGGCUCAGGCAUGGGGAUUGCUGUGUCUACACCUUCAACCCAGAAACCACUGGUGUUUGGUGCCAUGGUGCACAGAGAUGAGGCCUUCGAGACCAUCUUCAGCCAGUACAUGAAAAUCACCACAGCGGCCGCCUCUGGAAGUGACAGCUAGUGUUGACUCUGCCGGGGCAUUGCUGGGAGCAGGGGUGGUUGUUUUGUUUUUGUCUUUAAAACAGUUCGGUAGUGGAAAAGAAAUCGGACAUCCUCAUGAUCUUUUGCAAUAAUUCCCCUUGAUCUGUGAUUUCUGUCAUGUUGACCCUGCUUUUGACAGACCCCUUGGCACAGGGGUUGGCCCUCAAGUGGUGCCAGCCCCCCUGAUGGGUGAGGCAUGUCCCACCGACACCUGUGGACAUGGAGGGCAGAGGGUCCUCAGAGGCCCCUGAGAGGACGGCACACGGAAUGUACAUCGCCGUGGCUGCCACCAAGCAGAGCUGCUCCUUCUCUGUCCCCACCUGGACAGAGCCCCUGCACCAGCCAUGCAGCCCAGCUCUGCGGAGACCAGCUCUUCCAUGCCCAAGCCAUAGCCGAGCGGGUCUGUGGUCCCUCCUCUGGGCGGGAGGGGUGUCGGUGAGUGACGCAGAGGCCCCCUCACCCGCCGCCCCUGGCGGGCCAGCCUGUCUCCCUUUGGUGAGGCUUUCCUUGCUGCGGUCCUCGGAGGGAGGCCUGCGGGUGGUGCCGUGCGGGCUCCCUUACACUCUGCGCGGCCUUCUGUGGGGGCAGCGAGGCUGGCCGGGAGGGCCUCAGGGCCAGGCCCGGCCCCACCACUGCACGGCUGCCGGCGAGGGCAGGCAGUGGCCUGUGGGUGGAAGCAUGUCUUUUUAACACUUUGCUCUUUGGAUGGUCCUGGGGGACAUCCGCCAGGGCUUAGGGGGGCACCGCGGCCUCCGGUUGCUCUCAGAUGAACACCUGCUGGGGCGUGGCUGGUGUCUCCACACAGCCAGCUUGGUGAGGGAGGGGUGAGCAGGGCAGACAGGAGUCCUAGGCCCGUGGUGGCCACGCUUGUGGACGGCCUGCCUGCCCAUGUGGCUGCACAGGGAGCCUCGGGAGGCCACUGGCAUGGGGAGUGACCACGAGCAGGCCCAGAGGUUUGGGGCCGGGCAGUCCGACCCCUGGUGUCUGACCUUGUUGCGCUGGCACACAUGUGGGUCCUAAGUCCUUUAGGUGUUGUUGAGAUUGUUGUUUUUUGAAGAAACAGAAGAUUAUAUUUUUUACAGAGAGCAAGCUGUUUUUCUUAUUUUUGUAUCAUUUUUCAGAUGUAAUUUUUACUUCUGCUGCAACCCUAAUUUGCUGGUUUGGGUGAGAUCUGGUGGCAUGGCUUGUGACCCCCUCCCCAGGGGUGGGCCUGGGUGUGACCAGGGGCGGGGCACACUACCAGCUAAGUCAUGCGCACACCCUGCCCGGUCAGUGGGUGCCGAGGGCACCAUGCCACCCAUCAGCCCCAGCACACCAGCCUUGGCCUUGGUAAGGCAGAGCCCACUCUGCUUCUCGGCGCUGGCCCCAUGGUCAGUGCAGGCAGACCGGCCCUCGGCUCCACGGAGCCCUCGGCACACCUGGGGGACACAGGGCAGGGUGGGUCCCGACCUGCCCCCAGGGACGGCUUCAGGGCUGACUCCCACCAGUCCUGCCCAGCGCCCCUCUCCGGGGCUGCCGAGGGGGUAGCAUGGGCCUCUGAGCAUGGCCGGGCCAGGGCUGGUGGUUUAGUUCGAGUCCCUUCUGAGAAAGGGAGAUGAAAACUGCCACGUGCUGGGGUGCGGCCGCCGAGCUCCCGCCCAGGGAGGGCUGAGGGUGCUGAGCUGGGAGGGGCCGGCCCCGCGUGCGGGGUCCGCGGCAGGCUGGCUCUUGGCCCAGGACGAGUGCGGACCCGCGCAGGCUCUGGGCUCCCCGGCAGUGGUAACCAGUUUUUAUUGCAUUGUGUGAAUCUGUCGGAUAUUUAAUUUCUAUGACUAAUCACUGAACUACAAUGAAUGUUAAAUUUUUUAUGUCUGAAGCUUGAGUCUAUUUUGGAUCUGUAAAUAAUCAUUACGAGUGUAACUUUUGUUCAACAGAAGUAUUGUACUGUACAAAGAAUCAAUGAAAAAAAAUCCCCUUGUAACAUUUUUUUAAGAAAACCAUGUUUGUUUAGAGAAAAAGUCUUGUAUAAAUUAUAGUUUUUAUUUAAACCUGAAA